AUGAACAAACCGAAGGAGUAUUUAGUGCCAGAAAAAAAAUAUAUUAAAGAAGCCAACACAAAAGAUCGCUGCGACAAGCCACGUAGUCGUAUUUACUGCCUUGAGAAAAAAAAAAAAUCAGAAGAAGAAGAAACUGUAGAAGCAAAGAACAACAACAGCGACUUUUGUUUCCCUGCUGGCGACACUCUCGAGGGGGAAUCUGCUGUUGAGCAGCAUCAUAAAGCAGCGAUUACUGAGGUGGAUGAACACAUCGAGGAAGACGUGAACAGGUCCCCAGGCGCCGUCAUAGAUCACCACCUGACACAGGAACCAAAUCACCACACUGCCGCAAUCACACAGCCUGCAGCCUCCUACUUGCCUCCACCAUGGCAGUAUCCGCCGCCUUCUUACAACGGCUCCCUGCAGGCUCUUCGCCAAGAAAUCCUGGACUUCCAUCGCUGGGCGGGAGGAACGGAGGCGGAGUCCCGGCGCAGGAUGCGCCCCGUGAAAGACGUGAGGGGUGCGGUUGGUGCGCUGUGGCCCGCGGCACAAGUCCAGGUCACGGGCAGCCUGGCUAACGGCUUGUACUUGCCGGACAGCGACGUCGACCUCACGCUGGUGGGACAGUGGCCGCCCUCGCCGCCGCCUCUGUUGGUCCUGAGAGAUGCCCUCCUGCAUAAGGACGUGGCACUGCCUGCCUCACUCAAGGUUCUUGAAAAGGCCACUGUCCCUCUCGUUAAAUUUGUCCAUCAGCAGACCGGAGUGGAGGUGGACGUGUCUCUCGGAGGCGAGGCUGCUGUGCGCGCCGCGGUGCUGGUGGCAGAUUUCAAAAAGCAAUUUAACACUUUGACCCCCGUGGUUUUGUUCGUGCGACAUUGUCUGAAACAAUUACACCUUGGCCAAGUUUUCACAGGAGGCGUCUCCUCCUACGCCGUUACGCUCAUGGCCACUAGCCUCCUGGAGCUGCAGGUCCCGCCUGAGGAUCGAGAAGAUCCUGCUCUGGUGCUUUUGAAAUUCUUCUAUUUUUAUGGACACCAGUUUUCGUACGCCACGACGGGCAUCAGCGUGCUGGGGGGCGGCCGCUACCUGCGGAAAGAUGACGUGCCCACCGUCAUGCCCGGCGUCCACCGCCGGGCAGAUCUGUGUAUCCAGGACCCAUUGACACCCGGCAAUGAUCUGGGCCGAUCGUCCUUCAUUGUCUGGGAGGCGCGAAGGGCCUUCCAGCACGCGUACCUGGUGCUAGUCCCCGCCGCACACGCCCCAGGCCGGUACACCUCGCCGUGCUCCUUGCUGGGCCAGUUGCUGCUAGGGUACCGCCCUCCCUUGCGAUGCCUCCCAGACGGCCUCCUUCAUUACAACCGUCAGUGCGCGUAUCAACAACAAGUCCCUCGGCUGCCUCAGCAGGAGCGUCAUCACAAGUAUGAACAGAAUUCUCAUCUGGCUGCUCUGGAGGAGCAUCACCCGGUGUCUCGUCUAAUCCUUCAACGAAACAGCCAAUACCCAAGCCACACAGGAUCAAAAAGCAAUCACCACAGUCAUCAGCAGAGAUACGGGGAAGUGUUUCGCCACAGUCCUCAACAAAAACGUCACCACACGAUUCACCAGGACUAUUAUUACCACAGUUCUAUUGAGUGGUGUAACCAGAGGCAUGAGGAGAAACGUCAUCAUCAUGGUCAGCAAGAUUAUUGGAAACAGUAUUACCAGAGCCCUACUGACGGCAUUCAGCAUCGAGAUCAGCAAGGCUAUAGGGCGUGGUCUAAUGUCAAACAAAAUCAGAGAAGCAAACAAGGAGGAUUGCGUGGCAGGCACGGCCAGGUAUCAACGAUGGGCUAG